AUGCCUCUUGCAUUGGGAUGCAGCGUUGCGAUCAGUGCAGCCUGUCAUCCCCCUCCAUAUGACUUGGACGCAGCAUUCAAGCCGGUCCAAUGGGGUGCGGUGGAGGAUGAGCCAGGGCAACUAUACUCUCAUUGUACCUUUACCUCAAAAGAGUCUAAGGAGCCUGAGACAAGUGUUCAAUACGCGUAG